AUGACUGAUUGGAAGGAAUGGGUCCAGACGGCUCAAGUGGACGUCUGUGUCGGCGCGAUUGAUGAGCCUGCCGGUGUUCGGAGAAGUGAUCUGGAGCACAGUACUUGGAGCUUUCUGACGAGCUCGUCACGCUGUACAAAGACCUGGCUCUCGCUGAUAUGCAACUCGGCGAAGAAGGCUAUCAUGUUAGUGGCCAUUGCGAAGAUUGUCUCGCCCAAGGGGAGUCCUUGCGCAUUCCGCGAUGCCGCCGUGCGGCCAGCCACUGGGUUCACAGCACGAACCACAUUCAUGACGUCUGUGGUGCAUCGUGCAUCGUGCGUCCGUCGUGACCCAGGGAGACUGCUGGAGCAUGCGUGUACCAAGAUCGUUUUCAUGCUUAGUGUUGGAUUCAGGGACCUUCAAUUCCUCGAGGCACGCGCGAAACAUAUGUACAGCCUUGUGCUGUUUGACUACAAUUUUGCUUCUCGUGCGCCGUGCGUUUGA